AUGAAUCGGAGUUCAGGUACCUAUAAAAUCAACAGAAAACAAACUGCCGCCGUCUUGUCGAGGUCAACAUCAAGUUCUUCGUUUGCUUCAGGUAUAUUUGUGCCACCAGGCACACUUGAUGUCAAUUCAGAUUCAGAAUCCAGCUUCACUAAUCCAUGCAACCCAUCGUCUCCACAUUACCAACAACGAAACAAUCCUAGAUACUUUGAAAUUGCUGCGCAGAAGUAG